AUGGCAGAAUUAGAUCCAGCGCUCAUGCGGUUGAAAUACCAAACUAGCCACUGGGACUCAGUAUGUUCUAUUUACUUUCCUCACGAGUCACGUGCAACUUCUCUGUGCAACCUGAUCUCUUACUUCAACAGAUUUGCUCUUUAGCCUUUUCUAAAUUAUCCUAAACGUGUAACAUUGUUACAGGCGGUCCUCUGCGCAUCUGGGUAGUUUGGUGGAGAGAAACUACAGCCUUUGUCGCCCGGAGUAUCCUGAUGCCAUUCAUUUAAAUUAUGGCGACAUUUAAUACUACUGGCCUGACGGGCCCCUCGCUACAGGUUAGCUGCAUGGCGGAUGACUACCUUACUUUGUAAUGGGUCGGUAACAUAUUCGCGUACAAAGUUGGGACAGUCUGCAUGCCAAACGCGCGCAGCGAAGAUCGAAGGGCCAGAUAUACGUUCCCAGACAGCUUUUAUCGGGUCAUUAGUUGGCUGCCUCGACAAUGUUGGUAGGUUCCGGGUGAGACGACAGCACCAACGAUUUUGCCAUCAGGUCGGUGUAGCGCAGCUCAAUUGAGACGAGGUUGGAGAAACGCGGUCAGAGGAUGUGACGCAUGCUACGUCUGUCGGACAUUUUCAGACGAGGAGUAUCGUCGUAGCGCAUGAGCUAGUGUCGCGUUCGCAUAGAGGGAUUGCCUUUGCAGAAGCUUCUUGCACCCACAGAAUGGUGUUUAGUCACAGAUUCUCUGGGUUUCCAUGAAGUUGGACAAAAGCCCUGCGCGCUCGUUUGAUUAGGUGGUCAAUUUCAUGCUAAAUUUCGCCUUUUGUGAGGAUAUUCCAAGUAGGAUAGCAUAGUCUGUCCACCAACUCGUUAACGUAAAGUUCUGUCCCUAUUUUCUAAUAGUGGGUUUGAAUCGACUGUAGUGAUUUCGUUAACAUGUCAUCGUGUGAAUCGUCGAACAGGGGGAAUUUUGCUCAAUAGGAGUUCAGCACUUCUCUGUCGAUUGCCCCACCCGUUCUCCCCCUCCCCUUCUCCUCUCAUUAUCACAGCCACCGUAGAUGGUCUCUUGAGUACUUAUUAUUGACAAUCCGCUUUGCAUAGCCUAAGCUCCAUUCAGCCGGAAGAUUCAUCUGCGGAACGUGGCCUGUAUCCAAGCUACACGACCCAACCCAUUUUAUCUGUUCAAACUCACUACCGGCCCCCAACAUGGGUGGUGCUGUGUCAUCAAGUCGCAACCCACUUUGUCAUCCCGUACUGAACACGUGUCCGGAUGGAGCCUAGUCGUCGUCUUGACACAUUUUUCCCACUGGAACACGUCUAGAGCUGAAAGCUUGGUUCCGAUGCUGUGCCAGUUUCCGUUUUUAGAAUCGAAGCAUCACCCCGUCAGACGAUGAUGUCCCUCGUCUGGCACGACGCAAGCAGGGUCGGUUGGUGGGUUCCCCUACUGCAGACAGCCAAGCAACGGCCUCUACUUAUGUGGCUGAACAGGGAUCUGUGGCAGCUUCGGCCGGGGUCGUAGCUUCCAGUCACUUGCGCCUAGCGAGGUUCUGACUUUUAAUUUUGGUUAUAAAUAUGGGAAUUGUCGCAUGUGAUCUAGCCUGGUUAGAGAAUGGAUGAAGCCCGUUAUGUUUUCCUCUGGACCUCAGAUCGUGGAAGUUCCUGCCAGACCGAGCUGUCCCUUGGUCCUAAGUCACGGCGAAACCACGCAGGCUUGGCUUCUCGCCACACUGGCCAUUGUGGUCAGUUUGACGUGGACUCUUCAUUCGUAUGAGAAAGAGGGUAUGGCGUGAGGUCCGUCCGACACGUAUGUUAAUGCUACAUGAUAGUUUUAUAGCCCAUCAGAUUUCCUACAGUGAGGCAACUAAGAGCAUGUGUUACGAGCAGACAGUCCUAAGUCUUCCUUUAUCGACUGCUUACGAAUGGUUACCGUCAAGUGCGAACUACUAUUCCGCUCGAAACCGCCUUUCAGUCACCAGCAGUAGUUAGAUCUCUCCGAAUUCUUCUGUUUUUCUAGGCCAUUGAGAACUUUAGGGAAACCGAGAAGAAAAACUGGAGAAAAAUUAACCAACCUGUCUUGGAGCGGUUAAAACAGCUUACACUUAACACUGAAAAGGAGGACAAAAAGCCCGAAGGCGCUCCGGAAACCAGUGGCUUUUCUGACCUGCUUCCACUGAUCCACGUUUUGGAUCUGGCGCCCAGUGGCUGGAUAAAACCCCACGUCGACAGUGUCCGGGUAAGUUGCGUUUUGUCCUGGUUUUUCGGAAUAAUAUUUCCGACUAUGGCCACGAGGGUAGUGAGGAUGCUGCUGUCGUUGUUGUUUGUGUUUUGUAAGAAACCGUCUGUGUAUGGAGUUAACCCAGAGGACGUGCAGUAGGUGAAUGUUUGUCCGACUUUUGGAUUGGGGCUGGGGGCUCGUCGACACGAUUGGCAGAACGAUGCAGUGUGUGUGUACCCGGUCUUCUUGACUCUGUCUUGACACCGGGUCCAGGUUGGGAGUGGGGAAGAGAGAGUGUGGUAGAUGCUGUGCUAGUCUACUAUCGCUAUAAACUCAUUCACGCUCAAGUCACCGUGCCUGCUGCACCUAGCUGUGUAGUUCACGGUGGACAUCGUCGGCAACGACGGUUGAACUGUCGUGUUUACCCGGGUUUCACAGCUGCUACAUCGAACAUCCUAUCUGUUAUGCCCUAGACACCGCAGGGCUAUUUGAUCCGGCGUGGUUUUCUCAUUGUUGGAGCUAGUUUCCUUGACUGGAGGUUUACCUAUGCCAGUAGAUUCAAAUUUGUGUUAACCGUCCGGCGGCCAAUUGUAAACUGUUUUGUACAGUUGGAGUGACGGAAGUUUUGGACGUUACCACCUAGAUACUGAUAAGUAGUCUAGUGGUAUAGUGUGGACUUUAUCACUGUCUUCAGGUUUUCAUCGUUUUUUGGGUGUUUGAAUCUCCCUACAAAAGUUCCAGUCCGGCUCAGGGAUUCACCGAAAGCAAGGUGCUACGAGUACGUGCUCAUUAGUUUCCGCCCCAAUGCCACAUUUUCUGCUCACAUCGUCGUCGUUGCAGUCGAUUUUCCCUUAGCAGUCGCGAAGAUUUGUAUGAUGGCCACCCCGUAGUCGAAUAAGGAUCUCUUAUUCAUUCCCCGAGAAGAUUUUACAUUUUUAGUGUUUCUCCAUGUUCCCCGUAGACUCUUCUUGGGCAGGUAGUUCGGGUGUUCUUCAGAAUAUCCGUCUUGGCAGCCGCACAAUACCACACCUUACCUACCUCACCUUAGGUUCGGCGUUUGCCGGUGGCCCAGUUCCCGCGGUGACGGUUGCCCCGCGGUCGUUUCUAUUGUUGAUUCUGUUGUUCUUGUCGCUGACGAUGAUGGCGUUGGCGACGGCGGCGGCGACAGUAAUGGUGAUGGUGGCGGCCUUGCGGAGUAUAAUUAUUAUCAUAGCACUUUUUGGUAAGGUCGCAGUUGGUAGCCAGACAUUAUACAUUGAUACGGCCGACGUACGUACUUGUUAUCAGUAGGUGUGCUUACCUUGUCCAGGGAACCUGUUAUUAAUAGGUGUGCUCUUACUGAGUUAGGCAGGUCGCCCGUUUCGGUCAGGCUGUUGGGUUUAGUUAGGGUUAGGGUUAGGCGUAGGUUAAGUUUUAGGAUUAGGGUUUGCGUUUUAGGAUCAAGUUUCAAUGUUGGGGUUAGGGUUAGGCUUAAGGUUAUGAUCAAGGUUAGGGUUACGGUUAUGGCUAGGUUUUGGGUUAGCGUUGGGUUUUAGGAUUUUGGUUACGUUUCGGUUUUGAGGCCUAUGGUUAGGCUUUACGGUUGCGGUCAGGUUUGGAUUUUAGGGUUAAGUGUAGGAUUUAAAUUUCUGCCAUUAUUCCACCUACUUAAAACUUACUAGCACUUUCCCUGGUAACUAUACUUUUACUCAGAAACUCCAGCAUUCCUCUACCAGCCCUUCCACUUACCCCACCCAUUUAACCACCUUUCCCACCAUUCCCGUACGACAGGGACCUGGCUGUCCGCCUCUCUAUUCCUGACUACCAACUGCGAUCUAACCCACUUUUUCUCAUGAUGAGGAACCGCCCCCACUCUUUUUUGUCUCUUUUAGUACUGUGGCGGUGUGAUUGCUGUCGUUUCUCUGCUUUCUGACAGUAUCGCACGACUGGCCAUAGCCAGUCCCUCUGAGGUGGCCGCCCUGACUGAGCAGCUGCCGGCCAGUCGUCCAGGCCUCCAGCUUCCCCCACCGGGCGCCUUUACUGAUCUUUUCGUGCCCCGGCGCUCAGUCUACGUAAUGCGUGGUGUCAGUCGCUAUCGCAUGACACACGCCAUCCUGCCCAGCCCCGGUGAGUUGCCCGGCCAUCCUGGUCCUGUGAUUCGCGAUCGGCGGGUGACUGUUAUUUGUCGGUCCAAACCUCUGUGCCUUCCUCAGGCCCCCGCCAAUGGCGCUGGCGGUCCAGACGUGUCCUCGGACUCCUACCGCUACGGGACCCUUUCCUGA